CCAAUCCUAGACACAGUACUAUCACGUUUAUCUAUGACUGAUAAUUACUGACUCAGAAGGAAUCUCAGGCGACUAGGACCGGCUUUAUACUAUAUAUACUAGAUACAUAUUAUUUCUUAUUAAUUCUAUUAAACAAAGACAAAACAUUCAUGGCAAGUAUGGGUAAAAGAGGAAAAAUUCCUAAAGACGUUCAAGCCAUAUUCGACAAAUAUGCACAAAGCAAUGUUAAACGAUUGCAUAGACCGCAAGCUAUAGAAAUGCUACAACAAGAGUUUGGAAUGACUCAACAAGAGGCUAUGGUUAUGUUUGAAACUUUUGAUAAAGAUAAAAAUGAAAUAAUGAGUAUUUGGGAAUUCCAACAGUUCUACGAAACAGUAGGAACAAAUGCAGCAGAUGUAGUAGCUAGAUUCCACGAACUUGACAAAGACAACAGUCUAAAAUUAGACGGAGACGAAGCCCGUGCCGGAUUAGAGUCUAUGGUAACCGGAACCGGAAGAAAGUUAGAUGAAAAAGAAAUAGAAUUUUUCUUAAUGACAGCAUGUGAUAAUACUGGUGCUAUUGAUCUUGGCAUGUUUUCCAAUUUGUUAUACAGACUGAAACUUUAUAAAUCUGAGCCACCCAAAAAGGGCCAGAAAACGCACAUUAUAGGAGACGAAACUGAUUAAAAAUAUGUUGUAUUGUAUAUAUAGGACUAUGAAAUUUACAUUAUUCAUUGAUAUCAUUGUAGGUUAGAAAGAUUUUAUACGAAACAUUGUAUAUUUUAUUUAUGUCAUGUAUGUAUAUAGGUCACAGGAGCAUCUAUAAAAUUUCAAAAUAUAAAUGUAAGAUGCGAACGGAUUAGAUAUUUUAAAAAAGUGAUAUGCUUUGUUAAUAAGGGGCAUGCGAUGUUUACCAUUCACGGAAUACAUGAUUUUUAACCCGUCUGAAACCUUUGCCAUCUGAAUUUAAAAUUAUUUAAAAUACGAGGAAUAGAGAAGAGCAAUUAGAAAUAUAUAAUGAACUUAACAUGCUAAAAGGUUUACAAUGUAGAUUGUCAAAAUAAGUAAAUGUCUAAGUUUUAAAAACUGAAUGUAAAAAAAAAUCCAACAAAAAGGAUAUGUUUUACGAUUAAUACUAUGUCUUUUAUAAAUGAAAACAUCUCUUGAUUAUGCAAUUGUAAUAGAAAUAAUCGUAUUAAUGAAAAAUCAUGACAUUGAUAGCUUGCUUUCGAUAUAUGAGGUUGAUUAUCGUUUUGGUAUCGUUUGCAAUCUUUAGAAAUCUAUUGCACAUUUCAAACUUCAAUAUGCAGAGAAGUAAACAAUUAGUUUCACAUUUCGAAAACAAAUGUUUGUUUCGUUAUUUUCGACAUAACAUCGCUUACCUUUAACACCGAACAGUUCCUAAGCUAUGUCGUCUAAAAAAAAACCUAUUAUCAGAUCAAUGCAGAUUAUUUCAUUUUUUAUACAUGUAUCAUUUAUAUUCAUCAAAUUCAUAUUCGUGUAAUUAGCUUCGACCACAAUCAUAUUGAUCGUAAAAGUGCUGUAAAAUUGAAGGUGAUGAGCUUGUGGAUUGAAUUUGAACAACAAAUAUUUAAGAUUGUAUAUUUUUAUUUUAUUGGAAUUUUAUAUAUACAGUUUUGUAUAUAUACCCUUAACAUUAACAAUAAAUAUUUCCUUGUGAAACACAGAUGUUCGAUUAUAAGUAGAACACGACACAAUUAGUUUUUCUACUUCUUUGCAAAUUUUAAUUUUGUUUAAAUAAAAUACUGUGCUUUCAACUUGUUUUACGGUAAACUAGUAUUCAAAAGAAUGAAAUUCAAAACAAAAUUAAUGAGAGGUGGUGAAAACCCGACAUAACUCGCUAUUAUAUUUCUGAUCAGUUUUGCAAUACACAAGUGUAAACUAUAAGCAUUUUGAAUACUAGUAGUCAUGUUUAUAUUUGUUUUACCUUGCAAUGUUUUAAUAUGCAUCCUCAUACAUGUAACUAAUCAUAUAGCUUUAAAACUCAUCUGGAACACAAAUGUAAUACUUCAAACCUACUGAUAUAAAAAUUAUUUAUUCCAUAGCCAAAUUAUUUUGUAUUUUACAAUAAAACAUAUGUUUAACUAUAA